AUGACUACAUUAUAUGAUCCACCUGUUAAACAGCCAACAAGAGAAUAUGAGGAAGAUUCUAUGACAACAUCGUCAACAACAGACGAUGAAAAGAAUCCCAAGUUUGAGAUGGCAGAAUAUGAUUUAGAUGUUGUAGAUGAGGCUUUACUUAAUCCUCACAAUAAAGAAUACAUGGACCAUUUCGGUUUUACUAUUCAAGUUAGAACAGACGACGAAGCCUCGAGUGAUGAAGAUAGCAGCAGUUUUGAUGAAGAUGAACCGAUGCAGCCAGAUAAUCACACCGUGACAACAACAACGGGUAUUAGUGAUAAUGAUGAUGAUAUGUCUUCUAUAGAGACCAAUAUAACCUCACCUCAUCAGUCUCACAGUGAUGAUGAUAUCCUUCAUAGCAAACCUGCAUUUUACCCGAAUACUGUGCCUAUAUUAAAAUCACCUCCUACAUCCAUUAAUAAUAAUAAUAAUAAUAGCAACAAAUCAGUAAAUAGAGCAAGUAUCAUAUCUACCAUUAGUAAUAAAUUUAAGAGACCUGUAUCAGUUAGCUCUAUUCCCACUUCGCCAGCAACAACAGCCAUUUCACGACCCUCACAGACAUUCGAACAACGAAGAUCCAUUCAUAAAUCAAUAGGGCACAGUCGAUCGUCUGUAGUGAUCAGAAAGUUUACGCACUAUGACCAUCGAUAUGACUCGGAAAGACAGGCUUUACUAAAACAAGAAGCUCUUGAAAGACUGACGUCGUGCAGAUUAGAUGAAGAAAGAAUAGAUUGGGACUUUUGGUCUCAUGCUAUAUCCAACUUGAGCAGCGUUAUAGAAAGCCAAAUGGAUGAUUUAAGAAGCCAUCUAGCGCACGGUGGUAUCCCUUCGCCUAUUCGAGGCUAUGUUUGGCAGAUCAUAUCUAAAUCUAGAGAUUUGGAUGUUAUUGAAUAUAACGAAUUACUCAAGAAAACAAGUUCAUUUGAAAAGCAAAUUCAGAGGGACCUCACUAGGACCUUUCCAAACUAUUCUUAUUUCAUGAACGAAAAUGGACGACAGGCUUUAUUCCGUGUUGCAAAAGCAUACAGUUUAUUUGAUCAGGAGGUUGGUUACUGUCAGGGACUGGCGUUUAUUAUUGGUUGUUUGCUUAUUCAUAUGCCAGAAGAAGAAGCCUUUUUGGUCCUUAUCAAACUCAUGGGCAAAUAUGAUUUAAGAGGACACUUUACACCAAGAAUGGAAACUCUUCAUCAACACAUGUACCAAUUUGAUAAUGUCUUUCAACAAAAGUUACCCGUGGUUCACAGGCAUAUGGAAAGUGAGGGUGUGUCUCCUUCGAUGUAUGCCUCCCAGUGGUUCAUCACUCUUUGUUCUUACAGGUGCCCUAUUGAGAUGUCAUUCCGUAUUAUGGAUUUGCUAUUUAUAGAAGGCCCUCAAGUACUCGUGCAGAUCGCCCUGGCGUUGAUUGUUCGAAACCAGGAGCACAUCUUGAAGCUCAAAUUUGAUGCUCUUGUCGACUUUCUAUGUAAUGGCGUAUUUCAGGUGUAUGAGGAUAACACAGAUGGUUUCGUGAAUGAUGUAUAUCGUGUGGAGUUACCCACAAAAUUCAUGGCACGCUUAGCCCAGCAGUACAGUGAAGAAAUAGAGUAUAGAGAUUCUAGGUCAACCUCUCAGGAAGACCAUCUUAGACGAGUCAAUGGUCAACUUUCAGAACAUAUCCGUAUGGUUGAGGGGUCUCUAGCAUCACUAAGGGAUGAAAACAAAGACUUGACGCAACAAAUCAUAGAUAGCAAGAUGGAUAUUGCACGUAUAGUGGAUGAAAAGGAGAAGCUAAGUCAUGACUAUUCUCAACUGAAGGCUGCUUAUGAGAAUCAGGUAGAUGAGAAUCGUAAAUUAGCGGAGAAAAAUGUAUACCUUGUCAAUCAAUUGACAGAUAUCGAGGCCAUGUUGAUCAAUAUGAAAUUAGCAGUAGCAGAAAAAGAAGGUGAGCUUGACUCACUGAAGCAAGAAUUAAAACAAGCUCAUAAUCAACUUAAACAAUAA